AUGGACGAGCGGGAGGGCGGCGACAUGGUGAGCAGCAGCAGCCACCCGCGCCACCGACCCACGAACGCUGUCCAAGCCCAAAGAAGGUUGUCCUUUGAAGGCACCAACGCCAGCAGUAACAACGGCGACACCAACGGACAGGUCAGCGGCCGUGGCGUCGAUGCUAAUCGCCCGAGCAACGCGAGCUACACUGGCACGGAUCUCAUCUCUGAGCUCGACGUCAACGCGGACGCGUUCUUCACUGCCAUUGGUUCUAUUGUGUUUCUCUCGCCGCGUAUUAUGGGUAUCGCAAGCUGCCUCUCGAUUCCGCACCGCACGUAUAUCCCUGUUGUGGACGACCCACUCACCUACGCCGGCGAGGCCGGCCGGCUCUUUCACAGCGGUAAAUUUGCCGAGGCCGGUCGCUCGCGCAAAGGGUUCCUGCUUCUCUCUCUCCGUUUCGGCACCGUCCAGUUCAACGUGUGCAACGUACACCUCUUCCACGACGACGACAACCGUGUGGCGCUGGCGAGCAGCCCAAGCCCGUACACCGGUCGCCGCGCGCGGGCAAUGAAGGAGGCCAUCGCCGAAUGCAGUGCCGUCGUCGACCUCAGUGAGCCACUCUUCAUCUUCGGCGACUACAACGUUCGCCUGGAUGGAAAGCUGCUUGCUGAGUGGGUGGAGGAGAAGAUGCAGGUGACGGUGCGGCCCGAGAAGAAGCGAUUGCGCUGCCCAGAGCACUUUUGGGAGCUGUUCACCGACCCAGACACACAGAAGGAGCUGCGGACACGAUUUGACGCCGAGCUGCAGCACUUGAUGAACGAGGUGGCGCUGCUCUCUAGCGUGGAGCUGGCAGAGAUGCCUAUCCACUUUGCACCCACUUACUUCCGUGUUGCCCACCGCACUCCCACUGGGGCAGCCGUCACCAGUGCUGCGGCUACUUCUGCCGCCGCUGUGGCAACCACUCAAAAUGUAGCAGCAACGGCAGAUACUCAGCAGCCGACGUCCGCAUCGAAUGACUUGGUUGGUCGGGCUGAUGUCAUCUCUGUAGAGGAGCAGGAACAGACGGAGGGGGUGAGGGUGAGACCCCCACUAUCGGCGCCGCCACUGCCGAAGGCAACGUUGGCGAAUGUGCCUCUGACUCACGUGACGGCAUCACCCUAUCGCGACAACUUCUGCCACGAUAGGUUGCCUGCGUGGUGCGAUCGAGUGCUGUUUAAUGUGGCUGGCCUUGAGUGGAUUGCAGGUGAUCGAGCUCGCUCUGCUCAUCCGCAGACGCAGGCAGCAUCUUCAGUGUUGGGUAACGCUGUCUCCGGCUCUGAUGGACUCAAGGGCAAGCAGUGCAGUGACCAGAGCUGCUGGCACGCGUACGCGUCGAUCGACCUCAUUCACACCGAUCACGAUGGCGUAUUUAUACUGUUUUGA